AUGGACCGUGUGCCAAUCAGCUCACAGCGUGUGUUCAAGCCAAGCGCCAAGAAGCGACGUCCCCCAUUGGCCUGUAUUCAGUGCUAUCAGCGAAAGCUCAAAUGUGGAAGAGAGCUUCCAUCCUGCAGUCGCUGCUCAAAGGCAGGAAAUGACGGCUGCACCUACCGUGGUAACCCAGCGAAAUUUCCGUCAGUAAAUGGAGUGUUGAACGAUGGCCAUUCGGGGAGCACUAGCGUCGUGACAACGUCCUCACCAACUCCCGUCUCAUCCACAGCGACAUCGGGAAAACCUAGGGCCUCCUCUGACUGCAAUGGAAAAAUGACCCAUUUGAAAGGACAAGGGACCAUCACCAAGUUCUAUGGGUAUAGCUACCCCCUGAACCUUUACCAACAGUUCGCCGAGCUUCAAUCUUACAUCGUUCAAAUCAAGACCAAAAACCCCGGCGAUCAACACCCUUCGUGA